GUUGCGGACAACUUGCAUCUCCACACGUCAACAUGCGGUCGUCCCGAAAUGGAUGUGACCGUGUUUGGCAGGAGCCUGUGACGCUGGCUUUGCAGACUACUUUUUGUCACUACUACUCAUCAUUGCACUGGGACUGGCCGCGCAUAUUCGCGUCGGUCAACGAGUCGUGCGCUAACUAUGCACCCCAUGCAUCUACUAGUAGCGCCACUCUACCCAGCUGGGAAGGAACCUCUUCCACCAGGACUCAAGGAAGAGGACCGGGAGCAGUUCACUGCAAGCCAAAAAAUACCAGCAAUGGAUGGCCUAGGUAUCGGUGCCUUCUUUUCCCUAAUGUCUGCUUCAUUUGCAUACGAGGAUCCAUACCUACGGCAACAAACCCAGGCAGGAAUGUCCAAUACCCAGAAAGCGCGCGAGAUAUUUAAAGAAAUGGGCAAGGGAAUGUGGAGAACGGGUAAAGGUUUUGGAAAAGUGGGCGCAUUAUUUGCUGGUAUAGAAUGUGUCAUCGAAGGGUACCGAGCUAAAAAUGACAUGAUCAAUCCUGUUGCUGCUGGCUUCGUUGCAGGAGGUAUCCUUGCCCGACAUUCCGGGCCCAAAGCCGUAUUUGGUGGUGGGCUGGCAUUCGCCGCCUUUUCGGGAGCAGUAGAUUUGUUUCUGCGUAGAGAGUCCUCGGAGUAACGACGAUUAGCACCUGCUUAUAAUACUGAGCACCUGGACGCCGAGCAUGCCGUUUAGGUGUGGGGAUGAUGGAGUACCCCAGGACUGUAUGUAUCUAAGAGCAUUAUAAUUAGACACGAACCCAACAAUGGGUGAAACGCUGGGCGGCGCAGGUUUCGGUGGUCGUGAUGUUGUUACACAUUGCCGCUUGAUUCGAUCAGUUCCUAGGCUAUCAAUUGGUCAGAUAGUAGCAAUUGUUAACAUGGCCGGUAUGUUACUUAUGGAUAGAUGGGAAUAUGGC